UAUCUAGCCAGCGCAUCACACACUAAAGAAUCUUUCUUCGAGCACCAAACAAAUUAAAAUAAUGGCGGCUCUCAAGGUCGAAAUCACUUCUACCGAAACGGUGAAACCAUCUUCUCCAACUCCCAACCACCUUCGAACCCACAAGCUCACGAUUCUCGACCAAACCGCGCCUCCCGCAUACGUCCCGCUCUGCCUCUUCUUUCCCCGCCGUCGUGAUUCUUCCUACGACCAAGAUUCCUUCGCCGAAAGCCUCAAAGAUUCCCUCUCCAACACCCUCAACGUCUACUACCCGCUCGCCGGCCGGUACAGAGACGACUUCUCCAUCGACUGCAACGACGCGGGCGUCGACCUCGUUCGCGCCCGCGUCGGCUGCCACUUGUCCGACGCGCUUGGCCAAGAGACUGUGGAUGAGGACCGUUUGCUGCCGCUGCUUCCUUGUCGUCCUCAGGGGAGGCGCGUGGACUCGGACGGCGAGCUGGUGCUUCUGGCCGUACAGGUCAGCUUCUUCGAGUGCGGCGGACUGAGCGUCGGCGUGUGCUGCUGGCACGGCGUCUCCGACGCCUGCACGCUCGCCUGCUUCCUCAGAACGUGGAGCGGGUUCGCAAUGAAAAUCAUGGACGAAAGCAGCGGCGUGGUUCGGGAUUGCACCGAUGUGUUCCCUCCGAGGGACCUCUCCGCAGCAAGUGAAUCCGUGGAGGGGUUUCGAGCCGCGGUGGCUACCCCCGGCACGAGGAUCAAGAGGUUCGUUUUCGGAAGGGACAAAAUCGCGGCUCUUAGACGGGACAUCGAGGCCGCCAACUCACAGCAGCGGCCGAGCCGCGUGCAGGCGGUAUCGGCCGUCAUUUGGGCAGCCGCGAUCAAGAUAGCACGAGUCAAGAACGAGGGUCGUGGUCAAUGUCACAUAGCCGCAAUGACGACCAACUUGAGGUCGAGGAUGGAACCGGCCCUGCCGGAGCAAGCGAUGGGGAACCUCGUCCAGAUCCCGGUGUUUGCCGAACGGCCAGUGGAUAAUGACGACGACUACAACGCUCUGGCGGCGAAGCUGAGGGAGUCGGUGAAGAUGGUGAACGACGAGAACAUGAGGAAGGCGAUGGGGAGCGGGUUUUCGAAUGUGUUGAGGCGGUUUGCGGAGGAGUACGCCGAAGGGAAUCUGUUGGCGAUAAGCAGCUGGUGUAGGUUUCCGUUCUAUGAGGUGGAUUUUGGAAUUGGGAAGCCGAUUUGGAUGUGUUUCUUUACGAUGUGUUACAAUCUUGUGGUGCUCUUGGAUGCUGAGGAUGGAGUAGGGAUUGAAGCGUGGGUUACGUUGAGUGAGGAGGACAUGUCGAAGUUCGAGAAGGAUGUUGGGGUGCUGAAAUAUGCCACUUGCUCCAAGAGUAUUGUGGGUGUGCAUCACUAG